GAUAUAGAUAAUUGAAUCAACCAGGAGGGAAGCAACUAGUUCCCAGAGAUAUAAAUAGUACAAAGAAUAUUAAGACUUAGUUUAGGACAAAUUCAGCUCUGUAGAAGUCAUUUAGGUGUCAAAUUUCACCGUCUUGGACAAAUCCUUAGCUUCUCAUUGUCUAGAUUAUGACAUUUAUAGUGUCUACCAAGAUGGCUUAUACUUCUCAUUAUGGCUUGCGGUUUUCUCUCUUUAUAGAUUUUAGUUACUGAAUUUUAUAUUGGCACAGCCGCUCACAUAUUUCUUGCAGGCUGCAUUGUUAGACAAUGAUGAAGUAAUAGUGGACUGCUACUCAUGUAUAUCUGUUGACAACUUGCUAAUUAAUUAUGCAGAACUGAAAUCAUCCUUAGAAAUUGUUUCUCUGUCGUUAUCCUUCUUAGGCAAGUUCGUUCUUUAAUAAGCAAAGAGUAUAGACCUCUUUCUAGGCAAGUGGCAAUUGAAUUGCAGGUAUGAUAAAAAUAUUCUAGAGGAAGAAAUACAGAGUAAGACUGCGCACAAUAGACCCUUGUGGUCUGGCCGUUCCUCGGACCCCGCACAUAGCGGGAGCUUAGUGCAUUGGACUGGCCUUUGUUUGGUUGUCACCUUAAGAUAAGAAUCCCUUUGCCCAAUGAUUGACAAAUCUUUUUGCUUUAACUAGAUUCCUUCAAAUACCUUUUUUCCAUUUUUCAUUCACUCACUUUAUUCUCUUUCCUUUGCCUAUAUUUACCCACUUAUGAAAUCCUUUCUACCAUAAUAUUUUCAACCUCUUCUUUGCUCUCGCAAAAUGACCAUGACUAUACUUUACAGGAGGAAAACUAACCUGUAUAUCUUACUGUUACUCCACUUCCUUUGUUACUCUUGUUCCCAAAAGACAUGUCCAAACUGUGGUUCUCUAGAAGUUCCAUAUCCCUUGAGCACGAAUCCCAACUGUGGCAACCCUGACUAUUCUAUUCGUUGUGAUCCUCAUUCUCACAGGCUCUAUCUUAAUACCCUUAAUGGAAGCUCUUAUGUCAUCCUCAGAAUUAUGGCUUCGUUCCAGCAUAUGGUGGUGCAACCAUCACCUUGGUUACCUGGUACCUGUGUUACACAAGACAUGUCAGUGAGUGAGGGACUGUGGUUGAACCAGACUCUUCCGUUUAACGUUACUUCUUCUAACACUAUAUUCUUAUUUAACUGUUCUCCUCGGCUUCUAGUAUCCCCUUUAAAUUGCACAUCUUCUAGCUUGUGCCAUAAAUAUCUGCAUAGCUCUGGACAUGUAGAUACUAAAAGGGAACUUCAGUGUGCAAGUGAUGUUGAUCCAUGUUGCACAUUUAUUGCUGGCGGUAUGCCCUCAGCAUACAAGAUACGCCUGCAUAUCUCAGGUUGCCAAGCAUUUAGAAGCAUUCUACACUUGGAUGCUAAGAAGCAGGCUAAUGAAUGGGAGGAGGGAUUGGAAAUUCAAUGGUCUCCUCCACCUGAGCCACACUGUAAAUCACAAUCUGAUUGCUCUGGUGCUUCGACAUGUUCACCUUCUGGUAAAAAUGGUGUCUUUCGCUGUUUUUGCAAUCGUGACUACUAUUGGAACCAAAGUCUAGGAAAUUGCAUGAAGAAGAAACACUCAGGUUCUGUAUUAAAUAUAUCGAUUGGGAUUGCCUUGUUUUCGGCUUUUGCUGUUGUGGUGAUUGCAGUGGCUUUGAAAAAAUCAGGAAGAUUCUCAGCCAGGGCUAGGCUUGCCAAGGCAAGAGAAGACAUUCUAAAAUCAAACAACAGUGGAAAACCGUCCAGGAUGUUUUGUCUUAAGGAGAUGAAGAAAGCUACAAAUGGAUUCUCAAAAGACAGAAUAUUGGGCCAUGGCGGUUUCGGAGAAGUUUAUAAAGGCGAGCUUCACGAUGGAACGAUUGUAGCAGUAAAGUUAGCCAAAGUGGGAAAUGUCAAGAGCACUCAACAAGUACUCAAUGAAGUAGCGAUACUUUCUCAAGUCAAUCACAGGAACCUGGUCAAGCUUUUAGGAUGCUGCAUAGAAGCUGAACAGCCUUUGAUGAUUUACGAAUACAUUUCCAAUGGAACCCUCCACGAUCAUCUACAUGGUAAGUACUCCACCUUUCUUGACUGGAAAACAAGGUUGAAAAUUGCUUCACAAACUGCAGAAGCAUUGUCUUAUCUUCACUCAGCUGCUUACCCUCCCAUCUACCAUAGAGAUGUCAAAUCUACAAACAUACUCCUGGAUAACGAAUUCAAUGCCAAAGUUUCCGACUUUGGGCUAUCAAGAUUGGCUUGUCCAGGGUUGAGUCAUGUAUCUACUUGUGCUCAGGGUACGUUAGGGUACUUGGACCCUGAAUAUUUUCGCAAUUAUCAGCUAACUGAUAAAAGUGAUGUUUACAGCUUUGGGGUUGUGUUACUAGAACUUCUUACUUCUCAGAAGGCAGUUGAUUUCUCACGAGACGAAAAUAGUGUCAACUUGGUUUCUUAUGUCAUUCAGCAAGAAAACCAUGGUUCAGUUAUGGAAGUAGUGGACAGGCGCUUGCUUGGCGAGGAGCCUUUGACUAAUGUAACGACUGGUAUGGACUCGUUCUUGGCGCUUGCACUUUCGUGUUUAAGAGAAACGAAGGCAGAGAGACCCUGCAUGAAAGAUGUUGUUCAGCAACUUCACUGCGUAAGUGAAAUAGUUGAUCAAGAAGAGCUUAUUGAGGUUAGUUAGAAGUAUCAUAGUCCUAGAAAAAAGAGUCAGUUGGUCUUAGUCUUUGAAUAUUCAUAUUAGUGUAAAGAAGAAUUUUAUAAAAGGCAUGGAUCUUUUUUGUUUUACUGAAAAUUAUGCCUGAAAAGACUGUAUGUUGUUUCGUUACACUGGAAAAAGUUGAGAAGAUAUAGAGGUUUGAGGUUUGGAUCA